AUGGCGAAGAAGUCGCGGUCGGGGUCAAGGAAGGAGGAGAGUGUGUUGACCCGACAGGCGCAGAAGCGCCAGUGGUUGAAGGAGCGUGAGGCGUAUCGGGAGGAGAAGAAGCGCAUAAAUCGUGUGCAGCGUGGGUUGCGUAAAGAAGCGGAGGCUCGAGGUGAGAAGGUGGAGAGACAGGUGCCUCGUACGGUGGAGUCUAUGCGUGAUUUGGAUGACGAGGUUGUUUUGGACGAUGAUGUGGCGUUUGAGGAUGUGUUGGACGCGGAGAAGGUGGACGAAUUCCAGUCGUAUUUUUCAGGAGCGAGUGGUCAGCCUAAGAUAUUGAUGACAACGAUUGUGCGUCCGGGACGACCAAUGCUUAAGUUGUUGAAAGAGUUACAGGUAGUGUUCCCAGAAAGUUAUUAUGUGGAUCGUCGCAAGUAUGUAUUGGCAGAAGACUUGGUAAAAUUUGCGACAGAUCGUGGGUUUACCGACCUCAUGAUUUUCGAACAGAGACAAGGCGAACCUCAUGGUGUCUUUCUGACACACUUACCCGAAGGACCCACAUCCCAUUUUAGACUCAGUGGAGUCGUCCUCGCCCGCACAUUAAAAGGCGUCAAUGCGACCAACCAUAACCCGGAAAUCAUUCUACAUAACUUCAGCACCGCCGUAGCUCGACGAUUGAAAAGACAAUUACACUCACUCAUCCCCCGAAAACCAGAGUUCAUCGGACGAAGAGUCAUAGCCUUUGUUAAUAAGCAUGACUUCAUUUUCUUCCGACAUUACCGCUACGUAUUUGAAGAUGGUGGAACCACUGCCAGACUCGCAGAAAUCGGACCCAGAUUCACGCUUAAACUUAGAUCGCUACAAGAAGGCAUUCUGGAUAGAGAAUGCGGCAAGUUCGAAUGGUUCUGGAGACCCAAACUUCAAGAAACAGCCAAACAACAUCACCUAUGA